CCUGAUGACAUUUUUGUCAAAUCAAAAUGAAAAUUCUCAAACUCAAAUAAACGCUUAAAUUUCAGUAUAAUGUGCUCUAACCAUCACAUACAUCUACAUAAAAAAUAAAAUGGGCUAUAAAGCAGCGGUUCAAAUUCUUAAGCAAGCCGAGGAUUUAAAACAAAAAGUCUUUAAGAAAUGUGAUUUACUCAAUGACUGCGAAGUAUGGACCAACCAGCAAAAACUUCAAAAUAUUUACCAUCAAGUUUUGAUUUUGGAUUUAGAAUACGCUUUGGAUAAGAAAGUAGAACAGGACUUGUGGAAUAUUGGGUUUAAAAACCACAUAGGCGACCUACAAGAGAGAGCUAGAGACAAAAAGAAUUCGAGAAGAUCAGACUUUCAGGCUCUCUUAACAUGGGCCUUGGAAUCAGCAUCUGGAUUUUAUCUAACAUUAUUACACGAAUUGUGUAAUGCUUUUGAUAUAGACUUGCCAUUUAGACAUAGGGGAAUAGCAUACGGCCAAAUACCGAGUUCCACAGACCAAAACAAUGUGCCUCAGUUUGCUUCUUGCUCAUAUAUUUGCCAGUAUUGUCUGGUACACUUAGGAGACAUAGCCAGGUAUAGGAAUCAGAGGAGACAGGCUGAAAGUUUUUAUAAGCAAGCUAUAUUGGUGUCCCCUAUCAGUGGACAUCCCUAUAACCAACUAGCAUUGCUUGAAGCAAGUCAGGGUAAUAAACUCUCGGCAGUAUUUUACUAUAUCCGAGGAAUAUGUCUAAAAAAUCCAUUCCCAGCCUCCACGACAAACCUAAUAAGUGUUCUCACAACUGCCAUAGAUAAAGACAGCUCUUCAGAAAAAAUCCAGACCAAAAUGACAGUAAAUGAAUUCAUUCAAUUAUUCCUAUGCGCUCAUGGAUAUUUUCACACAGUGACCGACCUGAAACAAGCCAAACUAGCUGUCAAAAGUCUGAAUUCAGUUAUGACAGCCCUGGUAGCGACUCAGAGCUUCAAAAAACACGAACUAAUCAAAAUAACUAUUAUAAAUCUUUAUGCUCUGAGUUGCUUGGAUAAAAACGAGGAUUUUACUAAAGAUGAACUGGUGGUUAAAGAGCUGAUUGUGGAGCUGAUUGCUGGGUCUUUGAGUGCCUUUCUAAUGCCUGUGUAUACGUUAAAAGAUGACGAUACGUUGCUGGAGUACCAUGCUUUGCCUGCAGUGAAAUUCCUUAUGUAUUUCCUGUCAAAUAAGCCGGAAUACUUGAAGAGUAAGAUGUUCAAAGAAUGGAUGCAAAUAUGGCCAAGUUUAUGUAAACUAAUUAACGCAGCACAAGAUUUAUUAAAAGGGUUUAAUUAUAACAAAUAUCUUAAAUGUUCUCUGCGAGAAGAUAUAGAUUUAGAAGGUUUUUUGCCUCUGAGCGAAAAUUUAAACUCUUUGGAAAUCAAACAACAAAUUGAUGAUGUUAAAAUUGAGAAUAUGAUAAGGAUGAGAAGAAUAAGUGAUUUUGCGUUGUGGCUCAGUGAUCAGGAUAUAGAUGGCACAAAGUUAAUCACAAGGACUGAAAAUAAAGGAAUUAUUACUUUUGAACCUUCCUUAUCCCAGCCUGAUCCUACCAAAGAUCUUUUGGAGGAAAUGAAAUCGUUUACUAUACAGGAUGUUAUAGAGGAAAAUACUAAAACAGCGCCUGAAAGGAAAGCGGGAAUACUGAAGCCUCAAGGUUCUCUAGAAAAAGCACGGGAAGAGAGAGAAGUAAAGAAAUCAUCCAGUGUGGAAAGUAAGGUUAUGAUUACAGAUGGAUUUCAGAAAAAUCCGGAUUCAUCUAAAAAUAAACGGUCAAAACAGAAUGUAGCUUUGCAAAGCAUCAUUAAAAGGAUUGAGGAAAAUAAACAGGUGAAAUUUAGCGUGGAAGACCCAUCGCCAGACAAAGAAAAAUCGGUCAAAUUCGAGCAACAACAAUCCCCCGUACCCUCCAAACUACCCCAACCACCCUCUUUACCUCUUAUAACCUCCAUACCCCCUCCCCAAGUCCCUCCUCCUCAAUUCACGAAUCCACCGCCACCUCUACGAACUCAGAGCUUCAACCAGAACCACCCGGCCUUCCCCUUACAAGGCCCACCUCCAAAUCAGCCUCCUCCCCAGAUAACCUCCACAGACUACCUUACCAACCUGAGGAAUCUUGGUAAAGGAGCUGAUAACUCUAUGAUGCCACAGUUCUCCAAAAAUCCCCAGUUCUCCAGUUUACCUCCUUCGGGAAGUAUUAAUAAUCAACAGGUAGUUCAAAAUGCUGGGAAGGUUCAGAAUUAUUCCGGUGUUUUUGGGACACCGUAUAAUACCUCGUGGGGUAGAGAGGAGGUUAAGUAUAGUCCUGGAAACAAUCAGGGGACUUGGUGGGGUCAGAACCAAACUCCUCCUCAGUCAAAUCAAGGAUUUUUUCCUCCCCCUGUACACCAGCAGCCUCCAAACUUCCUACAGCAAAGACCUCCAGAAAAUCCAGCGUUUGGAGGCAUGCCUUUUACCCAAUUUAACCAACAAUACUCCAGAAACAACACAGCUGCAGCAAAUAACCAAUUUGACUUUAUGGGUGCUUCAUGGGCUGGUCAAAGAAAUAACAAUAAUAAUUUCGGGGGUGACGACAUGAACCCUACUUCGAUGUCAAUGCGUCAGGCGAUGUUGAAGGAAGCCACGUUGCCAGGAGGUAGGGUUAUGUCUGAAAAUAACCAGCAAAUACCGGGGUAUUCGUUGUUUAAUAACAGUUGGGCUCCGAAUUUGCCUGGAUCUUUCAGGGGUAACAAAAUGGCGGAAGGAGCGGCUUUUAACGGACCUCAACACUCGCUGUUUGGAGGUCACGGUCCCUCGAGCCUGGCACAGCUUCUGGAGCACCAACAGAACCAGAUGGGAGCGAAUCCUGGAACGAGGAACAACCAGGAUUCGUAGCGACGGUUACUAUGUUGAUAAAGUGACAAUUGACAGGCUGACAAGUUCUGACGUUACGUCAAAGAGAGGAGCGUCUAUUUGAAUAUUAAUUUUUGAUAACUUUUUUUGUCAAAUAUUAAUAAACAACUUAUAGAGUGUCGACCCAAGAGAAGUUAUCGUCGGUUCUUAUUUUAAAGGCUACCCUGACGCCAUAUUUUGCGUUUAAGUUUUGUUUGCUCAUUGGAAAGAGAUAUAAAAAUAUUCUGUCUUUGUUUUAUGUUGAUAUAGAUCAAACAUAUCAAACAAAAACAUUCAUUCAAAAACACCAUGAUGAAAUAAAUUGAUUAUUAACUACAUCAGUCACACUAAAAAUCUUUCUUAAAUUUUUUAUAUCGACAAGUUUAUUUAUGUUUGAAACAUAUUUAUUUUUAAGUGUAUCGUUGUUAAAACGAUUCUAAGUUUUUAUUCUAAUUUUUGUUGUUAACCAAUAAUGCUUAAAAUAUGAUUAUUGUAAUUGUUUUGUUGAGUUUUUUCAAUCUUGUACUGAUACACAUUUUAUGAUAUAAAAUACAAAUAAACCACCAAUACCGAAUA